AUGGGAUCAUCUUUUUGUUUUCAAGCUUCUUAAAAAUCAAGAGACGAACUUAAAUUAAUAACUAACAAAAAAUACAAAUUAAACGGUCCUCCUCAUUUAUUCAAACCUACUCCUAUAGUAAAUAUCUUAAUAUUUGAUGAACAAAUCGAAAAGGAGGAAUCACUAGAAAUUGAUACUUUAGAACAACCAAGCAAUCCUAUAAAUGAUCAAUAAUUUUCCUACAUUGCUCAACAAUCAGAAGAAAUUGAUAGCUCAUAAUCGAAACCUUGGAUAAAGAAGACGUAUGCUCUUGAAACUAUUAAUGUAUCUAACAUUAAAAGUGAUGAAAAUUAUAAUAAUGCACACUAAUAUAAAAAUUCAGAAAAAGAACGCUAUACAUAGGGAGGAAGAGCCAAAAACUAGAAAGAAGCUCAGAUUAUUUCUAUAUAGCAGGGAUCAAAUAUAAGUGUAAGUUCUGAGAAAAAGUAACCUAAGAUUAAUACCCAAAUUAGGAUUAAAUGA